AUGUCGUCCGUCGUGGUGCCAGACCAGCCGUCGCGCCCCGUGCGCUUCGGCAUCCUGGGCUGCGCCUCCAUCGCGGGCAAGCUGGCGCGCGCCAUGCUGCUCGCGCCCGGCACAGCCGUCGCCGCCGUCAGGAGCCGCUCCGAGGAGAAGGCACGCCUCUUCGCCGCCGACAACGGCCUCGACAUCGCCACCACCCGCCUCUACGGCUCCUACGAGGUGCUCCUCGAUGACCCGGACGUGGACGCCGUCUACCUCCCGCUCCCCACCAGCCUCCACGUGCGCUGGGCCACCGCCGCCGCCGCAAGGGGCUGUUGA